AUGCUUGAAGUAGCCGUAUGGAUUGGAGUCGUAGUAGUCGGCCUGGCCGUUCUGGCUUUCCUCGAAGUCCUGCGUUCCAACUCCUUCAUCGGCGCUCACCGCGGAGAGAUCUGGAUGGCGCUGCCCACCGUGGCCCUAUGCGUGCUGGCUUCCAUCGCUGGGGCUGGGGCGGUGCUGUUCUUCUUCCGCUUCUUCCUGGGCCGCAUGUCGCACGUUGUUGCCUGGCCCUAUCUAGUGCUGGCCCUGGCAGCCAUAUUCGCUGUUGGCCACUACCUGCUCCGGCAGCGCACCGCCGGGCCGGGCCAUCCCAACGGGUUCGGAUCGGACUGCUGA